AUGAGGUACGACAACACGGCUUUCGUGAAGUGGGCUUGGUGGAUUACUGUACUUUUUGGAGCCACCCACGCUGGAAUCGCCGACCGAUCUUGCAGUCGACGGCGCGUUGGAUACAUCACAUCGUGGGGAAAACAACCAUUUCGAGAUGAUCAGGCCGAAAAACUGACUCAUUUGGUGUUCGCCUUCUUCGUUGUGGAUUCAGAUGGAAGUGUGAAAUUGGAAGGAGACGCUGCAAAGGAGAGAUUGCAGCAUGUUAAGGAGGUAGCCGCUAGACAUCCGGAUCUAAAGUUGCUGUACGCUGUUGGAGGAUGGGAGAACUCGCAGUAUUUUUCCGUGCUCACGGCGGAUUAUUCUAGGAGAUCAAUUCUAAUUUCCAACCUAAUCAAAGCCAUCAAAGAGUACGGAUUCGAUGGUGUUGAUAUCGAUUGGGAGUAUCCGGUCACCGGAGGAGCUGUCGAAGGAACUCCCUCCGAUCGUAAAAACUAUGUGAACUUGAUGAGAGAGCUCCGAAAUGAGCUCCGAGAUUUGGAGGAAGAAACUGGAAAGUCCUAUCUCAUUUCGUUUGCCGGUGCUGCUGGACACUGGGUCCUGAAGCCAGGAUAUGACUUGCAGCAGCUGAUGAAGUAUUGUGAUUUUGUGAAUGUGAUGAGUUAUGAUUAUUUUGGAGCAUGGGCUUCAAAGUGGGGAGCGUAUACAGGACCACCGGCGCCUCUGAAUUUCGCCAUGCCCAAGAAGUUCUCCGGAAGAAUGAACGUUCACGCCACGAUGAAAGACUACAGUUGUCAAAUCAAAACUACCAAUAAGAUCAACAUGGGUGUCCCCUUCUACGGAAGAUUCUGGAAGAACGUCGGUGACGCUGUCGACUCUUCAGAUGACAUGUGGCGAAUGGCAAGUGCCACGAAUUCAGAAGGCACCAAGUUCGAGGGUGGAGACGUUCAAUGGAGGGAUCUCCAUACGAAAUUUGACACAGCCAAGACCAAAUUCCAUUCUGGAGCCAAGGCACCCUUCAUCUGGAUUCCAGAACAGAAGACGUUCAUAGGAUAUGAGAAUGCAGAGAGUUUGAAACACAAAAUCGACUAUAUCGUUGAGAAUAACAUCGGAGGAGUUAUGAUUUGGGCUAUCGACUUUGAUGACGAUCAAGGCACACUUUUGAAUUCAGCGGCUUCUGAUUCUCUAUGUGUCACGUCAUCGAAAUCCUUCAGCUAUAAGUGCUCACCAGUGGAUGAUAAGAGAUGGUGGACCUAUGAUGAUAAGAGGAGUUGGCAGGAAUUCUGUGAUCCAGAUGAUCCAGGUCACGCGUGUUGUGGAAAGUAUGGUUACUGUGGCUCCGGUGCCGAGUUCUGCUCGUGUCCCGAGUGCAUCGACUACGGUACCGAUCCGAAUUUGAUUCUGAAGGAACCAGUGAAGCCGUCGCAAAAAAUCACCUGGUACACUUCAGACGCCGGCGAGGGAAAGCGAGGAAGAUGUGGCCGAGAUGUGCCACCGUUGGAAGGCGAAGCACCGACGUGUAAUCCAGAUGACUUGAAUGCUCAUUGUUGUAGUAACGGAGGUUACUGUGGAAAUUCCAAGGAGCAUUGUGAAUGCGUCGGAUGUAUUGAUUUUUCGAAGCAAAGAGACUUCAAGUACAAACCGUUGGAGUGGUGGACGUUCGGAGAGAAUCCGGCCAACGUUGGUCGCUGCGGCUACGACGCUCCCCGCCUUUCCACUGGAAAGAUCCCCAAAUGCGACCCGGAUUCCGAAUCCUUCUGCUGCAGUAACAGUGGAUACUGCGGAAAGGGGGAGCAAUAUUGCUCAUGCUUAGGAUGUGUGGAUUUCAAGGCAAAUCCGGCGUAUGAGUACUGA